AUGAAAUUACGUGAGUUGUUUUUUGUUUUUGGACCACCACGAUUGCUUCACAGUGAUAACGGACGUGAGUUUGUUGCUAAUGUGAUAAUUGAAUUGAAGAAAUUGUUUCCAGAUUUGGUUUUUGUCAGAGGUCGACCACGUCAUCCACAAAGUCAGGGAUGUAUUGAUUCAGAUUCAGAUUUUUGGAAACUAGUUGGACAAAAUGGAAUUGAUGAUGAAGAAGAUUUACCAACACCAGUAGCUGAAUCAGAUAACGAGAUAGUGGAUAAUAAAAGAGAUGAUACAAUUAAUUCUGCUAAUGUUAUUGAUAGUGAUGUGGUUAAAAUUAUUGAAAAAUUGUCUGAUGAUGUUGUUUCUGUCGAUUUUCCAAUUACAAAUUUUGUUGAUCCAAAUGCGCCAUCUAAUUUAAAUAAGAACAAUUUACGUGAUUUAAUUGAGGAAGUUGAAUUAAUGUUAAACGGUUCUGAUACCGAUCAUCAUGCUUCUUCAUCUAACAGUCGUAUACAGUCAGCAAUAACAACAACAACCGCAACAAAUAAUGAUCUUCUUACACCUACUUCUACUCCAUCAAGACAUGAUCUGAUACGUAAAACUGCCACAAACAGUUAUUUAGCUACAGCAAAUAAAAAAAUGAAACAAUAUCAAGAUAGUAUAAAUAGUUUAACAGAAAAAUUUAAUUUAAAUGAUUGUGUUGGAGUUCCAAUUCAUACGGUUGAUAGAACAAAUCUUAUGUAUAAAUUAGCUUGUCAAUAUGGUAAAUUAGAAAAUACUUUCACAAUUGAACAUUUUGUUGAUUUAAAAUCGGCAUGUCCAGAAGAGUUAAAACAACUUGUCAUACAUGAUUUAAAAGACAUUACGAUGAUUGAAGCAUGUAAACUUUAUGUUCGUGGAUCGACAAAUGGUCGUACAUGCGACUGCAAAGGAAAAUGUGCUACGAAACAAUGUCCAUGUAAAAAAGCAGGAGUUUUUUGUUCGACAAAAUGUCACUCUAAACGAGGAGCUUGUAAAAAUAUGGAUGAAUAG